AUGCUUCUCAUUGUCUUUCUCUUUGCUCUCAUAUUUUCGUCCUCCUCUCAUGCAGCCGAUUUCUGUGUUGCAAAACUAAAAGGUGCAGGAAGCCCAGCAGGGUAUUCCUGCAGAAUGCCCUCAAGGGUCACAGUCGAUGAUUUUGUGUUUACUGGCCUUGGCGUUGCUGGCAACACUACUAACAUUAUCAAUGCUGCUGUAACCCCAGCUUUUGUACAGCAAUUUCCUGGUGUAAAUGGGCUUGGUCUAUCCAUAGCUCGACUAGACCUAGCACCAGCUGGCGUUAUCCCAAUGCACACUCACCCGGGUGGGUCUGAAUUGUUAUAUGUGGUGGAAGGUAAAAUCACUGCUGGAUUCAUUUCCAGCUCGGCCAACGUUGUCUACGUGAAGACUCUUGGGAAGGGUGACGUUAUGGUGUUCCCACGAGGGUUGCUUCAUUUUCAAGUAAAUGCUGGUGAGAAUAAUGCAGUCGGUGUUGUUAGCUUUAGUGACCCUGAUCCCGGCCUCCAAAUCACUGAUUUUGCAUUCUUUGCCAAUGACUUGUCCUCAGAGUUGUUGGAGAAAACUACUUUUCUUGAUGAUGCUCAAGUUAAAAAGCUCAAGAAAGUUCUAGGUGGAACUGGCUAG